UCCGGAGUGGCGUGCGGCAAUUGGUUGCCGAGGUAACUACUUCCUGGAUGUGGAGGCAGGCGGUGCGGGUGCUGAAAAGGUUGGCUGCAUUGGAGAAGUUACACCACUGCCCUCUAUUUAAAGCAAGGUGCGUGGGGGUUGUGCCUCUCAUGGAGAUUCUCAAGUUCCUUCACGUGAAAGCACGUGGUGAGGUGUAUCCGGGCUCUGAAAUCUGCCGUUUCCUUGUCCCUGAUAAUAAAGUGGGCUGGGACGUUCCGUGGACAGAUUAUGACCCGAUCAAUUACACUGCCUCCUUACUGUUGAAGCAACCACCCUGGGCAGACCCACCUUACAGAAAUGAACGAGAAUUGAUUAAGCCGCUGAAAUUUAAUCAUUUGGAUGGUGACGUAGAUCGACGGUCCUAUACAGGAAAAUAUGAAGUGAUAAAUGGGUUCCCAAGGAAUCCUUGUGGACGGACUGGAUUGAAAGGGCGAGGACUCCUGGGAAGAUGGGGCCCUAAUCAUGCAGCAGACCCCAUUGUGACAAGGUGGAAGAAGGAGGGUGGAAAAACGGUGAUUCACAAUUGCUCUGGGAAGCCAAUCUUGCAGUUUGUGGCAAUUUGCAGAAGAGACAACAAGGAAUGGGCAAUUCCUGGGGGAAUGGUGGACCCUGGCGAGAAGGUGUCAGCUACACUCAGACGAGAGUUUGGAGAGGAAACGUUGGACUCCUUAAAUCUAUCAGAAGCCGAGAAGCAGAAAGUGAAAGAAUUAAUUAACUCCCUGUUUCAAGCUGGAGAGUUGGUGUACAAAGGAUAUGUUGAUGAUCCUCGAAACACUGAUAAUGCUUGGAUGGAAACUGUCGCCAUGAAUUUCCACGAUGAGACAGGUGACAGUGUAGGAAAGCUCAACCUUCAAGCUGGGGACGAUGCUGGUGCGGUAAAGUGGAUGGAUAUCGAGGAGAAGCAGAAACUGUACGCCAGCCACACAGACUUCCUCCAUCAAGUAGCAAGGGAAAAGAAUGCUCAUUGGUGAAGGUGAAUACUGUCCACUUUUAGACAGCCAGCAACAUGGUAUGCUCAAGCAACUGUACAUGAAGUUAAAGGUGGUAACUUCCUCUUCCUUUCCAAACUUGGACACUAUCAAGAUCACUACAGCAACAGGAGAAGGAGCUUUUCCAAGAAGGCAUUCAGAGAGAAGCUUUAAUUCUACUUUUUUGGUUCAAAAUUCAUUGAUGCCUUGGCUUUAGAUUUUGUAUUCUUGUGUGAUGCAGGCUGUUUUUAUUUCUCUUUCUUUUGCUGGCAUUGACCACACUCACACACACCCACCCUCCACAACUCACAGCCUAUAGGGCAAAGCAGGAACUUCGAUCCCAGCUUAUUAUACACUAGGUGCCUGUUGCACAGUGUCUCAUAGCUCCUCCAGUGGAUUGUUCCCAUGUUCCUUACUAAUACCCACGUGUCCUGCAGGAACAUCUGGACAAAGUCAGUUACUCAAACUGGAGAUCAGAAACAUGUAUCUGGGUGCACUGAGCUUCAGACUGUACUACAACAUUUGGCUUGAAUGUGAAUGCUAAACUUUUUGGGUACAAGCAUAGGUUUGUGGAAGAGCAGCUAAUAAUGGAUUCAAUGAACCAAAUACUGCUAUCAUUCUGUUGCCAUUAGGGCUGCUGUUAUUCUCUCUGUGGCUACAUGGGGUAUCCUUUAAUUAUUGCAGCUUCCUCCCAUGUCCUUAAGACGAUGGAGAUGAUAAGAUAAAACUUUAUUUACCCUGAAGGAAAUUAUUGUUGCAAGGUUGUUCAGUUGGAAAUGCAUACUUUAAAAUACAAAAUGUAAGCAUUGAGGUACGAAAGAAUACAAAAUGUGCAUUAAAAAUAAUAGUGCAAAACACAGAUGUGUAAUGAAACCACAUACUUAAAUACUUGAGGAGGAGUUGCAGAGUCUUGUAGCCACAGGGAGAAAGGAUCUCCUGUUGUGUUCAGUGGUGCACCUUGGUGGAAUCAGUCUGUUACGAAAGGUGCUCCUCUGUUUGUCCAGGAUGUCAUGGAGUGGUUGAGGGGGAUUGUCCAUAAUGCUCUGUAGCUUCUGCAGCAUCCUCCACUCAGACACAACCACCAGGGAAUCUAAUUCCACCCCCAGGACAGAACCAGCCUUCCUGGCGAGCUUAUCGAUCUUCUUGGUGUCAGCUGCUCUCACUCUGCUGCCCCAGCAGACUACAGUGUAGAACAGAAUGCUGGCCACUGCAGAGUCGUAGAACAUCUGCAGCAUAGUACUGCAGACUCUGAAUGACCAGAGCCCCCUCAGGAAGUAAGAUGAGAGGUGGAAUCUGCAGAGAGCUGGUGGGUCGUGGGAGAAUAAAAUGAAGUUAGUGCAUGUUGACAAUUGGUUUGGACCCAGUCGGCUGAAAGGCCCAUUAUGUGCUGUGUAACUAACUAGGUAGAGCAGAACUUUUAGUCCUGGUGUUGCCCUCCCAGCUGAGUUUUCCAGGCUUCCGCAGUUGCCAUUUCCCCCCACUAGGUGGUAGUGCAAUCACACAGGUCAGAGACUCUCAGUGUGGGGUCAGUAUGGAGUGGCGUGGGGAGAAUGGGGAUAGAGGCCAGAGGAGAGGCAGUCUGCUUGUGGCCUGGAUUAAUUGUGUAGACUGAGGGGAGACUAUUUCAGCUCAGACAGUGGUCAAAACAUUGCUCACACUGGUUUACAACAGCUGAUGAACUUUUGUUUCUUGUCCACACUCGCGAUUCCUGAUGCAGGGGCUUUGACCUGAAACAUUAACAAUUACCCCAGCCUCUCCCCCCACCCCUACGGAUGCUGCUCGACCUGCUAAGUUCCUCCAGCAGAUUGUUUGUUGCACCAGCUUCCAGCAUCUGCAGUCACCUUAUAUCUUCAAACAUAAUGUCUUAAACACUUUUGAAAACCAUCACUUUGGGUUAUUGUCAUUGAGAACCCCCUACAGAUGUUUCACUACCCAGGCAGGGGGCAUGUGGGGCUACCCAGGCAGUUGCUUUGGAGUUGCUCAGGAUGAGUAGGGGAUGAUAUUCCAUUUCCUUGCCUGACCCUCUUCAUCCUUUAAAAACUCUUAAGUAACCUAGGUUUAGUCAGACAGAUGUGAGAGUUUUGAAGACCUCAGAACACACAUACUGUAUCCAUGGAGUAUAGAAUAACCAGCUCCAGCUGGACAUAUUUCUGGAAGUCUGCUGCACAGAGCCAGUUGUGAUCAGUAGAGGGAGAAGCAUCUUGAGAAGUCAACUGUGUGGCUGAGUGUGGUAAGAAGCUUUAAGAAGUUAAACCCUUUUUGAAAUCAUACAUUGUCUGUCACUAUAAUGCCUUGAAUAAUGUGAAAUCUUGUGUUUAGAUUGGAGUACAAAUUUGCUCCCAAAUUGAUUUUCCUUAUUUUCUGUCUUUCAUUAAAUAAUUAAAUGUA